AUGAAAGUGGGGGAAAGUUCGCGCGUGUCCGAAUUCCCACCCGCCCCUCCACACAGUCGCAAUUUCCAGCCGCGCAGGCGCGGAGUGGCUGAAAGCAGCACGUGGCUAUUCCAAGGGCGCAACUUGCGCUGCGUCGGGGACGUGCUUGAGUUUGAAAAUGUAAUUGGCUGCCACGUGGAAGAUGCCGUAACAUUCUGGGCACAGAAAGUAAAUAGACAUAAUGACAUCUUGAAGAUUGGCUGUGCCCUUGCUGAGAUCUGUCCUCAAGCCAGCCCGGUUUUUGGCAAUCCUGAUCUUACCAAGAUCUAUGGAGGAUGCUUUUCUGAAGAUACAUGUUGGUACAGAUGUAAAGUGCUGAAGGUUAUCAGUGAUGAAAAGUGCCAGGUAUUAUAUAUUGACUAUGGAAACUCUGAGAUUCUCUGUCGUUCAGAAAUAGUUGAGAUUCCGGCCGACUUGCAAUUUCCCAGUGUGGCAAAAAAGUAUAGACUAUGGGGAUUACAGAUCCCAGCUAAUCAAGAUUUAAAUCAGUUUGACCAGGGUAGGAAGUUUUUGAAUAGCUUGAUUUUUGAAAAAGAAAUGAAGACAAAAUACAAAGCCGAAUCUCAGGACGGAACCAUUGUGGUUCAGGCAGAGUGCAGCCUACUGGAUAUUGGGGAAGAAAUGUGUAAGAAAGGUUUUGUGGAGAGAUGCAAACCUCCCCUCAACAGUAGUGCCUGUGACACAAAAGCAGAUUCCUCCAUGUGCCAAACCUGGAAUGGAAAACCUUCAGCACCCCUGUGGGGUAUGAGAGGCAGUCCUUCGAUGAACAAUAGAGUAAAGGGGAGCUUUGGCGAUCAUGCGCCUCUGAAUGGCAGGAGUGAGAAUAAUUCUUCAAACCAUGUGCCGUUUAUCAAGGAGAAAAUGGUGACGUGUGACUUUAGAAGGGUGUCAAACAUUAGCCUGGAAAAAAUCAAACAGGACCAGAAAAUGAUAGAGGAGAACGAAAAGCUCAAAGAGGAGAAAGAGGCUGUCAAAGAGGAAAACCGGAAACUUCUCCAUCAGCAUGAAGAACUGGAAUCAAAGGUUGAGGAACUUACUCACAAUCUUGAGAAAGAGAAGAAAGGUUACAAGGAAUCCCUUGAGUAUUUUGAAAGCGUUCUCUGUACCUAUGUAGGAACUACAGUGAGAAGCUUGGCUGCCAAGUUCAAGAAGCUGAAACAGGCGAGGCAAGACAGUAUGGGUGUCCGUUUUGGAGAAGACCUUUCGGAAGCUGUAAACGUGGUUAUUGAAAGAUGCCUUGCCGCUCCUCUAGCUUUGGAGAAGCUGGAGACGAUUUGGAUAGAGUAUAACGCUUCUCAAGAGGAAAUACGCUUAUGCAAAUAUGUGGACCAAGUACAAACCUUGAUUCAACACAGGAAUGUAGCGCAGCAGAAAUUGUACGCCGCCGUGGAAGAAUUCAUUGUGGAAGUGAAUGAUUUGCCCCUUUCUGAGCGCUUAGAAACAUUGCAGGAGUUGCAGGGAUCUUUGGAGGCUGCAUAUGGUGCGGCUGGUGACACAGAGAGUGCUGAGGGAGCAUUUGAGAAGUUCUUUGAGUGGAAGAAUGCUAAGCUGCAGGAAUUCAAUCGGGUCAGGAACGCCACAGAUGCUUCCCUGCGAGAUCUCGUGACAUGUUUCAACAAGAUAACUCAGUUUUUUGACAUGACAUUGGAUAGAUCCUUGGAAUCUGAGGAUGUCGCUGGAAACGUGGAUGAUGUUCUCAAGAAAAUUGAAUUGAAUAUUUCUGAAGAAUUGGACAUUUUCCUAACGGAGCUAGAUGAAGCUGACAAAAAAAUAAUUUUAAAUGUGUACAACGAGGUUAUGCAGAAGAUCCGCCAAGAACAACAUCUCUUAAAUACUGUCUAUCAAAAGUAUCUUGACAGUAUAGAGUUCAAAAAACAGAUUGUGGAGUGGCUGGAUACAAGUCCUAACAUUGACGAUUUGUUACGGAUUAAGAGGGGAAUGAAAAACAUGAAGGCUCAGCUGAGAUGGAAGCUGGCAGAAAAAAACAACUUGGAAGAAUCGGAUGAUUACAGUGAGUCUGGAAUAGCAAUGCUAAAAGAAGAAAUCAAUGUACUACGAAAUAAUGUCUUUCAGGAAAUAUACAGGGAACAAGAAGAAUAUGAGAAGCUUAAUCAUCUGGUACAGAAAUGGUUCCCUGAGCUGCCACUCCUCCAUCCCGAAGCAGGGAUUCUGAAAUAUAUGAACUCAGGAGGACUUCUGACAGUUAGUUUGGAGCGUGAUCUUCUAGAUGCUGAGCCAAUGAAGGAACUGAGCACAAAACGCCCUCUGGUUUGCUCAGAAGUUCAAGGGCAAAAAGUUCUCCUAAAGGGAUAUACUGUGGAUAUGAAUACUGAAACAGGAGUGAUAGAAAGAGCAGCGAAGUAUCACAAAGUCUGGAGAGAAUUGAAGGAGGAAUCUGGUUUAAUGCAGCUCAUGUUCCUAUUUUUAUGCAAGUCUGAUCCUGUGGCAUAUCUGAUGGUCCCAUAUUAUGCCGGUGCAAGCCUGGGCACAUUGCAGACAACCACACCUUUAACUCCAGAAGAAACUUUGAAAGUCAUGAAAGGAGUAGCCUGUGGUCUGCAUACACUACACAGAGCUGGCAUAGUUCACGGGUCAAUACAUAAAAACAACGUAUUUGCUGUAAACAGAGAACAGGGAAUUGUCGGAGACUUUGACUUCACCAAAUCAGAGGUCCAGCGUGCUUCAUUGAAUUCUAUGGCACUGAAUGGUUUGAGCUUAAUUUCUCCUGAGGUAAAAAGUGGAACGCCACCUUCUCCAGCUUCGGAUAUGUAUGCUUUCGGUUGCCUGUUUUACUGGGUAUUAAUUGGAAACGAAGAGUUUAAAAUAAACAGAAAUGGAACUCCUCAAAUGGAUGGCCUUGAUAUGGAUGAUAAAGUGAAAUCUCUGCUCUUGAAUCUCCUGUACUCCAAUGAUCGAAUGACCUCUGAGCAGGUGCUGAGCUCUGACUGCUUCGUAUUGCCGAAGGUGAUCCCAGAUCCGCCAGAAAACGAAUCAACUGAAUAUGAACGCGGAGGGGCGAGAACAGAAGAUGACGUGGUGCCUGAUGAUAGGCAGGACAGCGAGACGGAACCAUCAAGGAACGUAGAUCCUGACGGUUCUGAAUGUGUUUAGGAUGCAAAGUCAAAUGAAAGACGAUUAGCAUAAUUUGGGGAUCCAAAAGUAGCUUCGCUAGACUUGUAACUUUAAAAAACUGGACGAUUACAACAGCACAACAUUAUCUGAAAAGUUUAUGCACAUUUGUUUUCUGCUUUGGAUUUGCAUAUGUAUUUUCUUUUUCUUGAAAACAAAUUUAAAUAUGUGUCUAGGACUGUUGGUACCCAGGCCGGAGUUAUGGUUUGAGUUUCAGGACUGUCUUCUUUCUUCUCUCUCUGUUGUCACAUAUCCUUUUCACUUGCCUUGCAGGAGUGCAAGUAUUCCUUUCCUCAAUGAGAAGGAGCUUCCCACGUUCCCUUAGCGGGUGCCGUUUCCUUAGGUCUCUGAGCAGAGAGGGCUGUUACAGAUCAUCUUUGCAGGAGGAAUGUAUCACUCCGCUCCAGCGAUCUGAUAGAUUAGCCCUUUUAAAGGGCUCGCUGGCAUUGGCACUCUUGCAAGUGUGCAAUCUGCCACCUGCAUAGCCAACCCUAAAAUUAACCUUCUUUUAAAGAAGCUUCCAAAGGCUUACAGAUCCAUUCCAGAGAAGACAAAAAAAAAAAAUCAAAACCCGGAGGAGUCUGUUGUGCCUUAUUUCAGUAGCAUGUAGUGAUAGCUGGGCUUGUUGUUUGCCUACAUUUUGACACGAAUGUUGCUGAAACGUUUGUAAAAGGAGCGUUCAGUUUGAUUCCUUCCGCUUACUGGCUAUAGAAGUCAUCCCCUGUUCACAUCGGUCUCUUUUUGGAAAGACAGCAUUUACAGUACUUAAACUUACUUGAAUAAAGUUUU